CUCAAUGUUACCCAUGUGCCGGAUAAAAUUGUGAGUUGACGACUUAAAUUUAUGUAUUUUAAUGCCAUUACGAACUGGUAAUUAAUUUCGCUAGUGCUAGUAUUCCGUAGGUAGUUUACCUUUGAUCUCGUCGCAAAUGGAUUUUGCCAGGAAGCAGCUCGAGAAGUAUGGGUGGAAAGAUGGGGUUGGUCUUGGGAAGGAGUGCCAAGGAAUGUUAAUCGCACUAAAACCUCGUUUAAAAUCGGGGAAGGAAGGAAUGGGCUAUGAUCUCUGUAAAGAUCUUACCGACACGUGGUGGACGAAAGCUUACUCCGACUGUCUCAACAGAAUCGAUGUAUCCACUUCUCCCAGCGCCGAAGAUGUGGGUGUGACUAUUCGAGAAGAUAACCAAGUUGGGGACGUGGAGGGUGAAAGCACCAAAAAAAUAAAACAUAACAAGAAGAAAGUAGCUAAAAGUGAAAACAAUCUUUAUUGCUCUGGGAUUGAAGAGAGACCGAUAGAAAAAAUGCGAAAACGAAUGAUGAAAGCCAAUUUUACAUCAUUUUCAAAGGGUGGCACUCUUCUAACUAAUGGGGAGGUGGUUAAAGGAGAAGGGGAAGAAAUCGAAGACCCAGAUUCAAAAGAAACGUUAGCAGUGAAAGUUCUUUCAGAUGAAGAAUUGUUGAAAGCGUGUGGUGGACGUACAGCUCACAAGGCAGCCCGAUUUGGUCUCAAGUUAAAUGGAAAGUUGGCACGCCUUGCAGCACAAGAUGAAAUCAGUUACUCUGUAUAUUUGGAUAAAUCAAAUAGGUCCUCGGAUAAUUCAGAAAGUUCGAAACAAAUCAAAGUAAAAAAGAAGAAAGACAGGAAAUCGAAAGAGUUUGAAUUGUCCCAAGAAAUUAAAACAGUUGACGAAACCAGUCAAGAAUGUGCUCCUCAAGAAGUUCGCCCCAAGAAGAAAAGAAAACGCAAUAAAGAAGCGACAGAUUUAUUCGAACCAAAUAUACAGAAUGAUGAAUGCAUAGAUGUAUCAAUUAACAAUAAGAAAAGGGAGAAAACAAAGGAUAAAGUACAAUUUGACAAAUUUACCCCUGAAGAGAAUUAUUGUGAACCAGACCCAUCACUUGAAAUCAGUAAGGAGUUGGUAAAGAAGAAGAAAAAGUCUAAAAGACACCUAAUUCAGAUAGAAAGUGAGGUUUGUGAAAGCUGACGAACGCCAUUAACAUAAUAAAUAAUUUUAUCAUGAAACAUUGCAAGAGUAUGUAAUUUUAGCAGAUUAAUAAUUUCAAAAUAAAUUACACUUAUUAACAAUUAAAGUAUUCAAGAAACGUAUA